UACCAAAGAAAUAUCUAAUUGAUCAUAUUUUAUCUAUUUCACUUUGACAGCUGCUGCUUUCUUUCUUUCUAAUGGCCUCCACAAUUCCCAUUGUCACACUACUUAUUGUGCUGCUUUCUUGCCAUGCUGCCAAUGCUCAGCUUUCUCCCAACUUCUAUGCAAGCUCUUGCCCCAACCUUCAAACCAUCGUCCGGAAUGCCAUGAGUCGGGCCGUUAACCGAGAGACCCGAAUCGGGGCCUCUAUUCUCCGUUUGUUUUUCCAUGACUGCUUUGUUAACGGUUGUGAUGGAUCGAUACUGCUGGAUGACACGGCGACGUUCACGGGCGAAAAGAAUGCAGUGCCGAACCGAAACUCGGCUCGAGGUUUCGAAGUGAUCGAUACCAUAAAGACUAAUGUGGAGGCUGCUUGCAGGGCUACUGUUUCUUGUGCAGAUAUAUUAGCACUUGCUGCUAGAGAUGGUGUUGCCCUGCUUGGAGGACCUACAUGGCAAGUACCCCUAGGACGGAGAGAUGCAAGAACAGCCAGCCAAAGCGCAGCCAACAACCAAAUCCCAUCACCAUUCGCCAACCUCGCAACUCUAACCUCUUCGUUCGCCGCCAAAGGCCUAAGCACACGAGACCUGACCGCCCUAUCCGGUGGCCACACGAUCGGGCUGGCUCGAUGCACCACUUUCCGUGGUCGCAUCUACAACGACACUAACAUCGAUGCGAAUUUCGCUGCCACCAGACGGGCCAACUGCCCUGCUUCCGGUGGUGAUAACAACUUGGCUCCUCUUGAUAUACAGACUCCAACUCGGUUCGACAACGAUUACUUCCGUAACCUCGUGGCUCGAAGAGGGCUGCUUCACUCGGACCAGGAGCUCUUCAAUGGGGGAUCACAGGAUGCUCUUGUUAGAACCUACAGCAACAAUCCUGCUACUUUUUCGGCUGAUUUUGCUGCUGCCAUGGUGAGGAUGGGGAACAUUAGUCCUCUUACUGGAACACAAGGGGAGAUCAGAAGGAACUGCAGGGUGGUCAACUGAUUGUUAUGCCCAUAUCCAAUUAUCGGUUAUUUCAAUAAGUUCCAUGGAAUGAGUUGAAGACUAAAUUAUAAUGGUUAAAUUCUGGUAUUAGUCCAUAUACUUUAAGAAAGUUGUGGAUUUCAUUUGUGUACUCUAAUUUGGUUAUUUUUAGUUACUGUAAUUUUAAAAUUUUAAAAUUUUAGUCUUUAUCAAA